AUGAGGGCAUGGUGGUUCGGCAUGGUGAGUGGAGCUCCUGGAGCGAUAUCAGGAAAGGAGAUUGCGCCUCAGAAUGUGUAUCUUGCCAAAUCAGUGGGCAAAUUCGAUUGCGAAGAUCGACAAGGCUUUGUGAUAAACCCUUUCCUCACAAUGGUGGCUCGUAUUGCCACGGCGAUGAUGCGCGCGGGAUCCGUUGUCAACUAG